CCCUAGAAAACAGUCUGCGUGGGGCUGCACUCCUAUAGGGAUCACGGAUAGAAGUAUUUGGCAACUUCUUUGGAGUCUUCACAACAUUGCAGGCCACAGACAGCUGCAUCGAUGGUGGAGCGAUUCAGCGAUCAACUGUAAUAACAUCGUCUCUUAUGAUGACCAGAUAUUGUGGAUCGUCCGUAAAUUAAAGCAGUAACUAGUGUCACUUGAGUUUAGUCACUGCUCCAUCUUAUUGCGGAAGAUAAAGUCGGAUAUAGACGUGUGUUUCUGGGGAUAAAGCCGCCAGAUAGCAAGAAGCAGCUCCUAGCUGUUAGCGAGCUAGCUCCGUGGAGGGGGAACAUUCUCUAACCUCCGUAUCAACAUGGCAAUGUCCCUGAUACAAGCCUGUCGCAGUCUCGCUCUUUCAACAUGGCUGCUCUCUUUUUGUUUUGUGCAUUUGCUGUGUCUAGACUUCACUGUGGCGGAGAAAGAGGAAUGGUAUACUGCCUUUGUGAACAUCACCUAUCUGGAUCCCGUGACUUUUGAGAUCAAAACAGAGAAAACAGAGUGCGGGCGCUAUGGCGAACACUCACUCAAGAAAGAAGCCAAAGGGGUAGUGGUCAUGCCCUCCGUCCUGCAAGAUAGACAGGCUUGCGACCCCAACACUAAAUUCCCUAUUCCAAACCCCAACAGUGCGUGGAUUGCACUCAUAGCCCGUGGCAACUGCACGUACAAAGACAAGAUUAGACAUGCGGCAAGCCACAAUGCAUCCGCUGUAGUAAUAUUUAACGUGGGUUCGAGUAAUGCCAACGAAACCAUAACAAUGCCUCAUCAAGGCACUGGUGAAAUUGUGGCCAUCAUGAUUCCGGAACCCAAGGGCCGCGAGAUCAUUUCGCUGCUGGAGCGGAACAUCACAGUCAACAUGCACAUCACCAUAGGAACGCGGAACCUCCAGAAGUACGUGAGCCGCACCUCGGUGGUGUUCGUCUCCAUCUCUUUCAUCGUGCUCAUGAUCAUCUCCCUCGCCUGGCUGGUCUUCUACUACAUCCAGAGGUUCCGCUACGCCAACGCCCGCGACCGCAAUCAGAGGCGCCUGGGAGAUGCUGCCAAGAAAGCCAUUAGCAAGCUGCAAGUGAGGACCAUCAGGAAGGGAGACAAGGAAACAGAGUCAGACUUUGAUAACUGUGCAGUGUGCAUUGAAGGCUACAAGCCCAAUGAUGUGGUCCGGAUACUACCUUGCAGGCAUGUCUUCCAUAAGUACUGCGUGGACCCCUGGCUGCAGGACCAUAGGACGUGUCCCAUGUGCAAGAUGAACAUCCUCAAAGCAUUAGGGAUCCCGGUGAGCCUUGAGCAGGCCCUCAGCAGGCCACAUGCUUAUCCACUGUUCCUGGGAAUUCUCUUACCACUACUCCCAGUCACCCUCUCCUCAUCGCUCUCUCCAAUGCCAAACGCUGACUGCUCAGACGACAUUCCUCCGGACUACGAGGUGUCUGUGGGAGGGCCACCCACCAACCAGGUGACCGGAGCUAGCGAGGUGACUGUGAGCGAGAGCUCGGUGGUGCUGGACCCCGCUGUGCGUUCCAUCGGCCUGCCACAGGUCUACCACGAGGUCGACCCCCUCGCCCUGAUCGGAGAAAGCCGCCAUAUUGCCAGCAGUGAACACCAGAACCCGUUGAGUAGCGAUUCGGACACCUCGCUCAUCCUGGCUGUGGAGGUUGGCCUGUCCGAUGUGGAGCUGUCGGCCGAGCAGGAGCACGAAGAGGUCAAGUCAUGAACCAUGACCCGCAUCGCCCCCGGUGUUGCCACGGAGACACAGGACCAGGACGAGGGAAGAACCAAGACCAGGAUCUGGAACCAGAGAGCCUUCUUAAUUGAAAGGGGAAGAAUAUAGAGUAACAUUGGAACAGAAAACCGUUUUGAACAGUGUCCUUCAUGUUUUGUCCCCGUGGCUUCAUCGGCUACAGGAAAAAGUUUCUGAAAAAUAGAGAUACUGUGCUUGUCAUCUUUAUAACUCAAUGGCCACAAUCACACCUUGAUUAUCCUCCUCCCUUGCUUUCUACACUUCUGUCAAUAGGCAGAGGAAGCAUUUAGCCAAUCACUGUCAUGUUAUUUGAACUUUUUUUUUUCGUUGUGUUUCCCACGAAACAUCCAUCUCCCCUUACUCUGUGGAAAUGUUGACUGUUUGAUUUCCUUAUUCGAGAUCACUGCCAAUGUAUAUUCCUGAUUCAAACACAAGUCUUUCUAUACAUAUAUAUAUAUCUAUAGAUAUCAGUGCACACAUGCAGCUAACAGCGUUUGCUUCAAAGUGUCAAAAAGCAGUCUGUGUGUGUGAUCCAACCAGCGGCCGUAAAACACAUUGAACCUUGACAAGAGAGGUCUUGCUAUUCUUUCAACGCGCCUUGUUUCGUGGACUAUGCACAGCCUCCCACUUUAUCAUGCAUCCUUUGCCGCUUGUGUCCCAAAAGACGACGUCUCUCUGCCACCGGCUGUAUUUUUGUUGUUGUUUAUAAGCUUUGUUUCUUCUCAAGUACAGCUCCCUGACCUGUCUUGUAGUAAGCUUCCUCGCUCUCAGUGGGAAGACCUAAACUUGAUGUGAUUGCGAAUUGAAUCCUUCACAAUUAAUCCCAAGUGACAAUCACUUUUCCAAGGAUCACAUCAACAGAGGACCCCACAUCCCCACCCCCCACUUCUACACCUCCACCUUCUGAGGAGAUGGCCUCCCCGUGAGGGAGUGUGGUGAGGCUAAAGGGGAAACCGUCUGGCGUCCUCCCUCCGCUAUGUGAUGAAAAUACCCAAACUCUUUAGCGCAGUCAGAGGUUGGUCUUCCUGUACCUCCCCUCUAUUUGUGCCAAGUUAACUCUAAAGAACUACACAUAUAAAUUAGGGUUAAGAUUACAUGGAAUUCUCCUAGUUUCUUUGUUUAUUUGUUUUUAUUGUAUCACAGUGACAGUCUGGAUUGGUUUGAUGUAUUGGGGUCAUUGAGUUCUGGAAGUCCAAAGAAUGUGAUAGGGGUGAAGUACUAUUUCAAAAAUGUCAACAAACUUAGUUGCAUCUAAGUUCCCCUAGCCAAUAUUUCAUUUAAAAAAAGACUUUAGGUCAGAACAGUCAAGGGGGAAACCCCCACAGUGCACAGACUGAUUCUCCGAUAAUACCAGGCGCCUGGAAUGACUAGUCUCCUUGUUGCUAAAACCUACAGAAUGGUGAAAGUCUGCUGGAUGACUUUUAUUUUAAUACGUAUGGAAGAAAAGUUUAUUUUUCUAUGAAAAAAUCAACAAAAACGAAAAUCAAGGAAAGUUUACAGUGGAGGAGAAACUGGGCUUACGUAGAUAGUAGCGUCAUUGCUAAGCUACGUCAGAAUCGGUUUGACAUGGACCAGAACUUUAAUUCAUUAGUCUUUUGCAUCACUUUUUCCUCCUGAAAUAUUGCCACAGAAAGGCACCUGCCAUUGUACACCACCCCCCUGCCCCAAAAAAAGAAAACACAACAAGGUCUUCUUUUUUCUGCAAAAGAAUAUUUCAAGUGCUGUUUCAGUAGUAUUUGUCAAAUGCCUUUCACCUCAACAUUUCAUUCGCAUCGAACUGAACGGUGAUCUUUUUCUAGUAAUGUCCACUCUCUUUGUGUGUAAAAGGACAAAAAAGAAGCACACAUACCCAGAAGCCUCUUUUCUGCAUCCUCUCCCUCUCUCUUUCUUCACGUCUCUCUGAAAGAGGGUGUUGGAAUGUACAGGAGAAUGUUGAAUCUAUGAACCAAAGCUGAUGAUGCGUUUGACUUCUACAACACUUUUUCCCUCCUCACAGUCUCUCUGCUCACCUUUUUCUGGCCGAUCUGUAAAGAUUUCUUGAAAUCAUGACGUGGAUUCUUUUGUGUGUGUGUGUGUGUGUGUGUGUGUGUGUGUGUGUGUGUGUGUGUUUUUUUUUGUUUUUUUUUUAAUAUGUUCCCUUAUUGGUUUUUCACUCAGAAGUGCUCAAAAGGAUGGACUCGCUCUCCAUCUUUCCCCACGUUGCAUGAGAGGUGAUGGGAUGACUUGGCGGUGCAGCGUAUAGUGCAGGCAUGUCAUGCAUGUUCAGUCAGCAGUGAGGGCAGUGAUGGCAUUACCCUGACUCUCCUUUUAAGAGCGAGGGGUCGGACUAAAGAAUGACCCAAUGGGGAAGAGGGUUCCGUGUGCAACGCCACAGGGCCAGGGGAUGUGCCGGAUGCCCUCACUCCAGCAGCAUCCACAAACCAGCCAGGGGAGAGGAUCACCAGCCAAAAGACUAAACGAGAGAGACACAAAGCAGGGUGAUGUGCAGCAUCUUUUGACAAAGAGGGACCAUGACGCUAGGCCCUUCAGCAUACCCCACAAGGGCCCUCUGAGCAGCCAAGUUGAAAUCAACAUUGUGAUAAAGAUGUGUUUAGCAACCCAUACUUGUUUCUUUUAAAUUGGUUUAAUGUAAGGGCACACUCGGAUGUUUUUUCUUCUCCAAAAAGUGUGUUUUCAAUGAAGUCCAGGUAUGAGUGGCUAUAGUCUCUGAAUCCUGGAUUUCAAGUUGGUUGCACAAGGCAGUGACCUUGCAGUGCCCCACACUGGUUAAUGUGUCCCAUUUGUACGUUUGUAUGCAGUAUUGAUUCAGGUGUGCACAAGAUAUUUGACAUGUCAUUGGUUUUUAAGCUCAAGAGUUUGCUCAAAUACUGUGACAGACUGGCUGACCAGACCGAUCUUAAUGGUAUUUUAACAGUGGAAGCACACUUUUCGACAUGGAAGUCAUUCUUUCUUUUCUUUUUUGCUUUCAAACUUCUCUGAGUUGAGGUGUGCGUGCGUGUGUCCAUUCAUGUGUGUACGUGCUCUUGCUCAUCAUGCAGAUGUGUGUUGCGUUGUGUUCCAGAGGUGAUGCAUGUGCUCCUGCAGUAUUGCCUGUCUCCUGGGCCAUCUGUUUACCGACACAGCACAGACCCCACCCCCCCUGUGCACACUCGCUGUUGACCUACAGCCAUUGAUUUUCCUUUUGAUCCACCCCUCGUGUUAGUUCAAGGCCCUCCUGGUGUUUACGAGAAGCAAUGCAAAGUGCUUUUUCGUGCAGCGUUUUAAGUGAUUGAGCCCUUUACUGUGCUUCAUUAUUUUCCUGGACUGAGUAGUUGCGAUGAGGAAUGCUGUUUGAGGCUGAGGCCAGCGUGUUCUGAAGAAUCAUAGGAACGGGAGAGAGAGCAAUAGAGAUGGAUGGAUGGAUGGAUGGAUGGAGGGGGUGGCUCAUUGUGGGAACAAAAUGCAUUGACUUUCCCUCGAAGGCAUGUCCACUCAUUUCAAAAUGCUAUUUGAAAAGCAUUAGCCAGAUUUCCACUACUUUAUUUGUAUCUUUUGAGACUUUGCAUCGAAUCUUCUAAUGGCACUUACUCAUGUCCUUUUUCUGAAUCCCUUUCCUUCCAAAUCAACCAAAAGAAAGACAAACACUAAGUGAAAUGUGGGAAAACACUGAGUGACUCCCAGAAAGGAAACACUUCUGUAGAAUGGGGUCUGGUAUCAUGAGGAUAAACACAUUUUAUAAAUGUUUCAUAACGCUAUCAUCUCAUACUCAUUCAGCACUUAUACAUUCUUGUGUAGUUUAAUGCCUCCUCAUCACAGUGGGGCCCGAGUGUUCUUAAUGGCUUACACAGUGCUUGUGACAUCUUCGUAGGCUUGUUACAUUGCUAUAAAAUCUCCAGCCAGGAGUGAUGUUGACAGGCAUUCUUUCUCUUAAGGCCCUCCACACAAAGUGCUACAUACAGUAUGUUAACUAGCUUGUUCCAGUCCUUUUGAACAGGCUCCCUCAUUCACAGCCAGGUGGGCACACCUACCCAGCACUUUACCUCUUUACAGGGAAAAAAAAAAUAAAAUGUGAAAGUGAAGAGUGGAAUCCCUUCUAUACUGGGCAGACGGCCCAUGACCUCUGGGAGAUGGCCUGUGGGUAAUCCCUACAGCAGAUGAACUGAUUCGAGGGUCUUUCUGGCUUCCUCCUCGUCCUUCCUUUUGGAACUUUUUUUUUUUUCUUUCUUUCUUUCUCUCUCUUUCUUUCUUUUGUCUUAAACGAUCAUGGGCUGGGGUGGGUUGUUAAAUGAGAAAAGUUGUAUACAUUAUCCAGAGGUCUUACAGUAUUGCUAUUUUGUUAUAUAGAGGACAAUGUAAAUAUGUUCAGUGUUGAUAUACUGUUCUAGUACAAUGUUGCACGUGUAUGAGUCCAUGAUUGUGAGGUACAAUAAAUUUUAUUGCAAGUUUUUCCAAA